CACGCACGCCUCCCCCACUCGGUCUCCAAGCUGGUCGAAGGGAGGUUCCGCACUCGGUUGACCAUCACUCUGAUUCCGCAUUAUGGAGGGGAUCCGCGUGUUCAUCCCGGACGAGAAGCUCGUGUGGGUGCCGGCCACUGUCCUGUCGGUGGACGGGACCGGCAAGGUCUUCCGUGUGCGUGUGCAGCCUUUGGCCGACGCCUCAGAUGCGACCGCCGGAUAUGACCAAGACGCGCCCGCGGAGGAGCGCACCAUUGACCUCAACGAGGAUGGGAUGCCCGACUCGCUACCGCUACAGAACGGACCAGCCGAAGGCGAUGAGGACGAAACGAAGACCAAGCAUAGCGUAGGCGCCGACGACAUGUGUGAACUGGGCCACCUGCACGAGCCCGCUAUCGUCUAUAAUGUACGUGAGCGCUUCUACGCCAAGGAGCCGUACACGUACACGGGCAAGAUCGUAGUAGCCGUGAAUCCGUACCAGUGGAUUAAGGAACACUACUCGGAGGAGCUCCGGGACCUCUACACGCAGCGUCCAUGGGACGAGAUGCCGCCGCACGUGUACGCGACCAGCGCAGAGGCCUUCCACCACAUGAAACAGCACCGCAUCCCACAGAGUAUCCUCGUGAGUGGAGAAUCCGGUGCCGGCAAGACGGAGACUGUCAAGAUCAUGAUGGAGCAUCUCGCCAGUAUCUCCAUGGGCAUCGCUAAGAGGCUACACCCCGCCGAGAGCGGAGAGACCAUCGUGGUCGAAAAAGUCCUCAAAAGUAACCCCCUGUUGGAGGCUUUUGGUAACGCCAAGACUAUCCGCAACGACAACUCCAGUCGAUUCGGCAAGUUCACGCAGCUGCAGUUCAACAGCGACUAUUGUCUCGUCGGGGCCGAGUGUCGCCACUAUCUGCUCGAGAAAUCUCGUGUCGUGGCUCAGGCUGCAGGCGAACGCAACUACCACAUCUUCUAUCAACUCGUGAGCGCUAAAGAGGACGUUUUCGGCUUCAAUGAUGCCACGUCGGCCAAGGAAUUCCGCUACUUGCAGGAUGAAAAGCUCAUUCUGGACGGCAAGACCGACCUAGAACGUUAUCAGGUCACCCGGGAUGCACUAUCUACGAUUGGCCUUAGCGACAAGGAGCAGAAUGAGCUCUUCAGCGCUCUCUGCGGUAUCCUACGUCUUGGUCAGCUCGACUUUAUGCCGCUAGAGUCCAACAAGGACGAUGCUAGCCAAGCUGUUGCUUCUCUGAACGCGUCAUCGCCUUCUGGAUCGGUCACAGCUGAACAGAUUGAACAGCAGAAGAAGGAAAUUGAGCAAUGUGCAAAGCUGCUUGGUGUGGAAGUGGCCGCGCUGAGCAAGCAGCUAUGCAGUCGUACGGUUAAAGCACGACAAGAGGUGUAUUGCGUCCCUCUGUCCGCUCACCACGCGGGCAACAACCGUGAUGCUCUGGCGAAGGAGAUCUACGCUCGAGUGUUUGGUUACCUGGUGCGUCGGGUGAACCACAGUAUCUCCAACACGGCUGACCGAAGUGCAUCGACUCCAUCGUACCUGCACAUUGACUUGCUGGAUAUCUUCGGCUUUGAGUCCUUCAAGCACAACAGCUUUGAGCAGUUCUGCAUCAACUUUGCGAAUGAGAAGCUGCAGCAGAAAUUUACACUGGAUGUGUUCAAGACGGUGCAGGAGGAGUACCAACAAGAAGGCGUGGCUUGGGAGUUCGUGAAGUAUCGGGACAACCAAGACAUGCUGGACCUGCUGGAGAACUCGAUGGGUGUGAUGGCGUUGCUCAACGAGGAAUGUGUGCGCCCCAUGGGCAGCGACCUGUCAUUCGUGUCGAAGCUGGUGUCACUUCGUGAGUCACACCCGCGCCUUGAGCGAGCCCGUUUGAGUCAGAUGCACUUCUUGCUGCAUCACUAUGCAGGUCCUGUGACGUACGAUGCGGAAGGCUUUGUCGAGAAGAACAAAGACUCACUUCAGACCGAUCUACUGGAGCUACUGGGCACGAGCUCCAAUGGUUUGAUGUCGAUGGUAUUCGGUGACGAUAACAACACAGCAUUUAUGACGGACGCGGAUUUGGCUGUCCGUGCUGCAACUAUGAUGGAGUCGGGCCGACGUAGUACAGUGAGCCGGAAAACGUCGACGUUCAUGCAAGAAACCGUGAGCUACAAGUUCAAGGCGCAGUUGUCUCUGCUAAUGAGUGACAUCUCCAGCACCGAGGUGCAUUAUGUACGAUGCAUUAAGCCUAACUCUCAAAAGAGCCCCAACAUCUACGAAAUCGAUGCGGUUGUAAACCAGCUCCGAUGUGCUGGUGUCGUGGAAGCUAUUCGAAUCACUCGCGCCGCGUUCCCGAACAAGAUGGCUCACGAGAAAUUCCUGCGUCGAUUUGUAAUGAUGAGAAGCAAGAAGGACUCAACAGCGGUGAAGGAAUCUACGACAGUCGCUGACGCGUGUGAGCAGCUCGCUGAGGAACUGCUGAGUGGCGACGCUUUUGCUCGGACGCAAGAAGGCAGCGAGCACUCCAGAACACCCACGUUCGUGGUCGGCAAAAGCCUGGUCUACUUUGGUAAGGACGUGUUGGAGUUCUUGGAGCACAGACGCACAACGUUUGUGCACGAUCGAGCAAUUAUGAUCCAGCAAGCUGCACGGCGGUGGAUGGCGCGUCGAAGGAUCAAGAAGGUUCGCACCGUGAUCUCUAAAAUCCAAGCCCUUCAUCGCGGCCGGAUGCAGCGCCAAUCCUAUCUGGAGAAACGCAGGAAGUGUAUUAUCGUGCAGAGUGUGUGGCGUGGAGUCCGCUCACGCCAACGUGUGUACCUGAUGAUGAAAGAGAAAAGCGCGAUCAAGGUUCAAACUGCGUACCGCAAGCAUCUGUCGGAAAAGAAGUAUGCCAAGUUCCGCAACGCUGUCAUCAAGAUCCAGUCGAACCUGAAGAUGAAAAAGCAAGUGGGCAAGUAUCAGAGGCUUUUGUCAGAGCGGAAGGAACAGGAUGCUAUGGAGACUGAAGUGGAGCUGCUGAAACACCGUCUUGAAGACGAAAAACGUGCUCGCAUGGAGAUUGAAGCUGAGAAUUCGUCGUUGCAGCAGGAGCUGAACCAGGUUCGCAAUUCGUCAGUUCCCAGUGCAAACAGCAGCAUCUACGAGACCGAAGCACCGCCCCAGUACCGAAACAGCAUGCGAUCGAGCAGGAUAGAACGCGAGUCUAUGGACGAUGGAAAGCUGCUGGAUGACUCGGAGCGCAUGAUCGAUUAUCUACGGAAGGAAGUAACUAAGGGCCGUGAACUGAUUCAGAUGUUGUCCCAGGAGAACGAGAACCUGAAGGCUGAAAACAAGAAGAUCAAGGACGCGUACACGGCUGCUGGCGCAUCGUUCGCUGCGCUGAACCAACACAACAAGCAGCAGUCGAAGGCGAACCUGCGACUCAUGAGCACUCACGCUGCUCUGAUCAAGUCCCAGGAAGAAAAGAUGAAGAAGUACAAGAAGCAGGUGGCAGAAUUGAAGGAGGAUCUUCGGAUGCAACGCUCCGUGUACUCGGCAGAGCUCAAGGCCCGUGUGCAGCAGCAGGAUUUGCUACUCGAUAUCAUCAACCUCGCGGAAUCGGAUGGUGUCUCGGAGGAUUUAUUGGAGCGCAUGCGAGCCAUGGCAGUGGACUCCAAGCCCUCGUAUGACAACGGACGACGCAGUAGCGAGUUUAUUAAUCGCCGGUCCUCAGUUGCUAGCAAGGUGACGAGGGAGAGCGAGAAUCGUGAACACCGAUCGGAUACGGCGACUUCAAUGGGUCCAGUGCCAGUGUCGGUGUCCGUCAGCUCAAACCCGUCGCGCAAUGAACGCCGUGCCACUCUAGAUACGAUUAUGAACAACCCGGUGCAGCGUGGAAUCUCGCCCCACGCGGAAGGCAUGAGUCCUCCCGACCGCGGGAGCCUCAACCGAAACAGCCUGAAUGGUGAAGAUGGUCACCGGAAGUCGCGGAUUGGUGGCAUGUUCAAGAAAAUGUUCAAGAAGGAGGAAAAGGAAUGA